AUGUCAUUUUCUCCCAUUGCGCGCAGAGCUUCACGCUGCAUCACCUCUUCCAUCCGAACAACUCCCCGCCAGUAUAUCGUAGCGCCAGCCAAGUUCACACUUUCAGCCAGACACCAAUCGACAAUGUCUUCCGACCAGCAGAUCAUUUUCACCAAGGACGCCCCUGCGGUAUCGAAGCCCUUGGCCCUUACGUAUGUUCAACUACCCCUCACUGACAAGGUCAACACUCAUGAUAUGUCAAACCAGUCUCAAGCCAUCAAGACCCCCAACAUGAUCUAUUGCUCUGGCCAGAUUCCUCUUACUCCCGAGGGUGAGAUGGUCCAAGGUAUCACUGAGCAGACCCGCCAGGCCUGCAAGAAUGUCCAGGCUGUUGUUGAGGCGGCAGGCUCGACUAUUUCCAAGGUGGUCAAGACUACAGUCUUCAUCUCUGACAUGUCCUACUUUGCUGAAAUCAACUCUGAGUACGAGAAGUGGUUUUCGCACAAGCCUGCCCGCAGUUGUGUAGCUGUCAAGACUCUCCCCAAGAACGUUGAUGUGGAGAUUGAGGUCAUUGCUCUUCCAUAG